AUGGACCGCAAAGAACCCUGUAGCGGACUGGCUACAGAUGAUGGAGGGAGCCAUUCGUGCCCGUUGGAUCUCAACGAAGCCAACAUGAUGCCGAUGCUUCCUAACCGUCCUCUCCAGGAGGCUGCACGAGGACUGGACACGACUCGUGAACAGUCAUCAAUUCCCAGGGCAGAUACCGGUGAAAAAUGGACAUACCCGUCAGCCAUGCAGUUUUACAACGCUCUUGCGCUGAAGCAUAAGACAUCCCCUGACGAGGCAGCGUACAUGAGGGAUGCCGUGUUGGCGCACAACAAUGUCAACGAAAGGACCUGGGAAAAGGUGUUAGAGUGGGAGAAAAUGCAUUUUAGUACAUGUCCCAAUCCGCAGCUGCGUCGUUUCGUCGGCAAGUACGGCUACAAUUCGCCCAGGUCGCUGAUGCAUCGUUACAUCUGGAGGAUGGGCGAACCCUUCGACCGACACGACUGGUUCGUCAACCGCUGCGGCCGAGACGUGCGGUACGUCAUCGACUAUUAUGACGACCCACGCGCGGAAGACGCCGUACAAGUAUACAUUGAUGCCCGUCCUGCGCUCGACAGUUUCGGCGCAGUGAUGGAUCGCAUCAAGGGGCUCUUCAGGCGCCACUAG